UCAAGUGUUAGAUAAUCUUAUUUUUUAUUUUCCCUCGCAGUGGGAGUAGGAGUAGAAACAUUUCCUUUAUUAUUAUUAAUUAAGUAGAAGUAAAGAAAGAAAGUAAACAUGUCUUUACGUUUGGCCGCAAAGUCCUUGGGUAACCAUUUGACCCGUAAGUUAAUUGUUGCUCCUCAAAGUGCUGUUGCCUCAAGAUGCAUGUCCCACUAUCCCAUCAAUGAUCAGAUUUUUGGUUUGGAUGAGGAAAAGCAAAAAUUAAGAGAAACAGCCUUUAACUUUUUCCAAAAAGAAUUGGCUCCCUUCGCCAAGGAUAUUGAUAAGAAUGACGAUUUCCCAGAAAUGCGCAAUUUCUGGAAGAAAAUGGGCGAUUUGGGUUUCUUAGGUAUUACAGCAGAACCUGAUUAUGGUGGAACUGGUGGCACUUACUUGGAUCAUUGCAUUAUUAUGGAAGAAAUUUCAAGAGCUGCUGGCGGUAUUGCCUUAUCCUAUGGUGCCCACUCCAAUUUGUGUAUUAACCAAUUGACUAAGAAUGCUACUCCUGAACAGAAAGAACAGUAUUUGCCUAAAUUGUGCAGUGGUGAGCAUAUUGGAGGUUUGGCCAUGUCUGAACCUGGUGCCGGUUCUGAUGUUGUUUCCAUGAAACUGAAGGCUGAAAAGAAAGGUGACUACUAUGUCUUGAAUGGUACCAAAUUCUGGAUCACCAACGGCUCUGUGGCUGAUACUUUGAUUGUAUAUGCCAAAACUGGCACUAGUCCCGCCGAUGGUCAUGGUAUUACAGCUUUCAUUAUUGAUACCGCCUCCGAGGGCUUCAGUGUGGCUCAAAAACUCGAUAAAUUGGGUAUGCGUGGCAGUCCCACUUGUGAACUUGUUUUCCAAGACUUGAAGGUACCAGAAAAGAAUAUUUUGGGUAAAGUGAAUAAAGGUGUGUAUGUGUUGAUGUCUGGUUUGGACUUUGAACGUCUUGUAUUGGCUGCCGGUCCAGUAGGUUUAAUGCAAGCUGCCAUUGAUACCUCAUUCGAAUAUGCCCAUCAACGUAAACAGAAAAAAAUUAUUGCUGAAUUCCAACUUAUGCAAGGAAAAAUGGCCGAUAUGUACACCACCUUGAGUGCCUGCCGUUCUUAUUUGUACAGUGUGGCUCGUGCCUGUGAUGCUGGACACAAUAGCUCUAAGGAUUGCGCUGGAGUUAUUUUGUAUUGUGCCGAAAAGGCCACACAAAUUGCUUUGGAAGCUAUACAAAUUUUGGGCGGCAAUGGUUAUAUCAAUGAAUAUCCCACUGGUCGUAUUAUGCGUGAUGCUAAACUGUAUGAAAUCGGUGCUGGUACCUCCGAAAUUAGACGUUGGCUCAUUGGUCGUCAAUUGAAUUUGGAAUACAAGUAGAUUACAACGAUCCUGUUAAAUAACUAGAUUGUUUUUACAAAGUUUAUUAUUGCAUUUAUAUACAUGUAUGUAUUUUUAUAUAGUUCAACUGCAUUUUUUUAUACUGGUGAUACUUUAUGACAUAUUGCAUUUAUUUUCAUAUUUUAUUUUUUUAUUGGUAAUUUUUAUAUAAACAAUAUACCGACCUAUCUAUACAUACAAAUAAUAAUCAUGUACUUUUAAAGUAACCUAAAUAAAUAUAUAUUUUUUAAUAAAUCUAGCAAAAAAGAAAA